AUGGCAAGAACUCCUCCAUGUUGUUGUUGUUUUGUAAAUAAUGUUCGUCACUUAAUCCUGUUACUCACAAUAUUCAGUAUAUCAUCCUUGUUUGCCAAUUUGGUUCUAUUUAAUUUCACUGCUAUUCUUGAUAAAGAUUUACAAGAUGAUUGGAAGCCUGUAGCUUCUCUCACUAGUCUACAUGAGUAUUCUAUUUGGCACAAUCGCCGAAGAAGAGACAUAAAUGAAACUGUUUUUGAUAAGUGGAAAGAUGGACAUCCAUUGCUUCCGAAAACGAAAAGACCUUCUACACGUCGAACUACUACAACAACAACAACAACCGAGCUUCCAACCACUAAACGUCUUGUAUUCUUUACAAAUUCUCCCACGGAUGCACCAUUCUUGGAAAGCACUAAGCAUCCUAUCACAAGACGUAUUAGAGCAACAACUGCUUCUUCCAAAACUACUACUGAAAUCCACACAACCACAAUCGUUCCUACAACUACGGCUGAUGUUGUUUUAGAGGAAGUUCGAAAAGCUAUCGAAAAGUAUGAACAUCCAGAUAAAGAUGAGACAAGAAAACCACAAAAAGAAGAUGACUAUGGUAGUAAAACCAACGGAAAAGAUUCUAAUGUUGAGCCUGUUUCUAUCGCUAAAUUGAAUAUGACUAAGUACCUCGUUAGGACAAUGAUAUAUGCUGCUCCUGGAGUUGGAAUUCUGAUAGGCAUUUUUCCGUCCGUGUUGAUGAUUCGAGCCAUUGGAGUUCGAGUGCCCUUUGCUGCUGCACUGGGUCUUUCAGCUGUAUGCAUGGUUAUCUCUCCCUUCACUGUAUCAAUGAAUUCAUUAGCAAUCGCCAUCUCGCGUUUCAUACUCGGUUUUUGCUUCUCAAUGGUGUUUCCUAUGGUCGGUCAUAUGAUUGCCAACUGGGGGACUUUGAAAGAACAACUGUUUUUCCUCACUUCCACAUUCUUGUUCAUUACUAUCGGACCUGCACUCUCAUGGCCGUUGACCAUGCUUCUUCAUUCAAACGAAGUCGAUCUGAUUUUUAUUUAUAUACUCCAUUCUGUUCCAACGUUCUUGCUUGCUAUAAUCUUCCUUAUAUUUUACCGAGAUUAUCCUCAAGACCAUCCAUGGGUCAAUGGACUGGAGCUCAAUAAAAUCGUAGCAGGAAAAGUGAAAGAUAUGAGGAAGAAUCGGGUUAUGGAUACACCAUGUUGCACCUUACUUCGUUCAGUCUCAGCUUACUCUAUUUGGGUUUCCGCUUUCGGGCUUUUCCUAGUUCUUUCGCUCUUCAUCCAAUACAUCCCAAGUUUCCUAUCUUGCCAACAAGUUUUUAUGGUUGACUACAUGGGCACAUAUGGUAUUCUGCCGUAUUUGGGAAUCCCCAUCGUCUUUAUAAUCAGCGGUUUCUUGAACAAGAUCUCCAUGACAUCACGAACUAUUUUGAUUCGAAUCUUCAAUACUAUGUCCUUCAUCCUUACAGGGCUUUUCGUUUUAGCUCUGCCUAUUUUGUUCUAUGCCGAUAAAACGGGCUUUGCCCGAAUAUCAUUGUUUCUUUCAUUGGCUCCCUUAGGAUUUACUGCUUCAGGGUUCCUCCGAUCUACUAUAUUAGUAGGAAGGGCUUAUUCAAAAUAUAUUAUAACUUUCUAUGGCGUUAGUUUCGGUUUGGCGUUUCUCUUGAUGCCGUGUAUUGUAGGAUCUCUAGUUCUCGAAAAUGCUCUGAAAGAAUGGCUUCGUAUCUUCUUAGUCACAUCUGCAAUUCUUUUAGUUUGUGCUAUAGUUUUCGCCGUCUUUGGAAGAGGAAAUUCAGCAGGUUGGGCUGAAUCAUCAUGGGAUCCUUUAGUUAGUACGAAGAUGCUGGAUUUACAUUUAAUUGAUCGAAGUCAAGAUGAAAGUGGGUUAAUAGGCAUGAAGUUGAUUGGUCCUUCAAAACUAUAA